AACCACGGCCCCGCCCAUUAUAAUAAUACAAGGAACAAGGAAACACCUGCUGCCGCUGCGCAUCUUUCACUCACGUCCACGAACUACUAGUCAUACACAGGACAUCACCAUGUCUGAGGGUAAAACAGUCACAUUGAAGCCUGUGGACCUGGUAGAACCAGAACCAGGCUUCUCAUCCUCUCACCUAGACCCUGCCGAUACCUCCUAUCAGCCCCUGCUUUAGAUAAGACACCGGGUCAGCCAGACCUCCAAGGCCUGGACAGUGGACACCCGGGGACAGAGGAGAAAGGCCCCGUUGGCCCCUACGACACCUGAUGCUGGGGCUCAGGGGAAUCGAUGGACCUCAACACUGGACCAGUUUAAACUGAAGCGGUUCUUCGUCUUGAGGCCAGGGACCAUGGACCAAGCUCUUGAGGACAUCAAGGCUCUGGUCAAUCAGGAUGAGGAUGGCCAUGUCCAUGGUGUCUGGCUGAUGGCCGAGGUUGACCAUUGGAACAACGAGAGAGAGCGUGUGGUGCUGAUCACAGACAGCUCUCUGCUGAUCUGUAAGUACGACUUCGUCAUGCUCAACUGUGAACACAUACAGAGAAUCCCUCUCAACUUUGUGGACCGCAUCACCCACGGCAACUUCAGCUUCCCCCAGCGGUCUCUUCUCACGAGAGAAGGAGAGGGUGUGCGUGUGUUCUGGGACCGGCUAAGGGAACCCUCGUUCUUGUCUAAAUGGAACCCGUUCGCUACAGACUACCCGUUCACCACCUUUACCUACCACCCUGUCAGGAACAUAGACCACAGGUUCACUGCUCUCUGUGAGGUCCAGAGUUUCCGUGAGCAGCUGACGGAGGCAGCCCAGAAGGCCCACCUGAAGCAGCCCGUCCCUGGGAAGGCCAACGGAGUCCUGGUGCUGAACCAGCCCCUGCUCAUCGAGUCCUACGUGGGUCUGAUGUCCUUCAUCGGGAACCAGAACAAGCUGGGAUACUGCCUGGCACGGGGAAACAUUGGCUUUUAAACAAUGCUUUAGCUACAUUACUACUUGAUUACUUAAUCAUAGUUUGUAGUUGUGGCCUAGUUACAGAUAUGAAGUAUCAUUAUAAAUAUUUUUAAUCUGG